AUCCGGCCAAGGCAGAGGCUUUAAAGAAACCGACCUCCGUGGCCUCCGUUCCCUUUCCACCUCAGCAUCUGCCCCAAGUAGGACCGCCGAGAGCAGCACCAAGGGCGGCCCAAAUGGAGGAAAGUAAAGGAAAACUUCGGGCUGGUUGCUUUGGCUACCCACUUAGUAUCUUCUUCAUAGUCAUCAAUGAAUUCUGUGAAAGAUUCUCCUACUAUGGAAUGCGAGCUGUGCUUGUCCUCUAUUUCAAGUUUUUUCUCCACUGGGAUGAUAAUCUGUCUACUGCUAUUUACCACACAUUUGUUGCUCUCUGCUAUCUAACGCCUAUCCUUGGAGCACUCAUAGCUGAUUCCUGGCUGGGAAAGUUCAAGACCAUUAUUUCCUUGUCCAUUGUGUACACAGUCGGGCAAGCAGUCUUAUCGAUAAGUUCCAUAAAUGACUUGAUGGAUGGAAAUCACGAUGGUGCUCCAGAUGACAUAAACAUUCCCAUAGCUUUCUCUAUGAUUGGUUUGGUCCUUAUUGCUCUGGGAACUGGUGGCAUCAAACCAUGUGUUGCAGCCUUUGGGGGAGAUCAGUUUGAAGAAGACCAGGAAAAACAAAGAAGCAGGUUCUUCUCUAUAUUUUAUCUUUCUAUUAAUGCUGGAAGCCUUCUUUCUACUAUCAUCACCCCAAUGCUUAGAGGAGUGGAAUGUGGAAUUCACGACAAACAAAAAUGUUAUCCGCUGGCAUUUGGUGUUCCUGCUGCCCUAAUGGCUAUUGCACUGUUUGUGUUCAUAGCUGGAAGCAGAAUGUACAAGAAAGUGAAACCGGAAGGCAACAUCAUGGUCCAAGUUGGUAAAUGCAUUUCGUUUGCUAUUCGAAAUAGAUUUAAACAUCGCAGCAAACAAUUUCCCAAGAGAGAACACUGGUUGGACUGGGCUACUGAAAAGUAUGGCAAACGGCUUAUUACUGAAGUUAAGAUGGUCUUGAAAGUUUUGUUUCUAUACAUUCCUCUUCCUAUGUUUUGGGCCCUUUUUGAUCAGCAGGGAUCUCGAUGGACAUUGCAAGCCACAACUAUGGAUGGAAAUUUUGGUUCUGUUCCGAUUCAGCCAGACCAGAUGCAGACUGUAAACCCAAUUCUCAUUGUAAUCAUGGUCCCCAUUGUAGAUGCUGUUAUUUACCCGUUAAUUAAAAAGUGUCACAUAAAUUUCACGCCUCUGAGAAAGAUGACGGUUGGCAUGGUACUGGCAGCUUUGGCAUUUGUUGUUGCUGCUGUGGUACAAAUUGAAAUUGAUAAAACUCUUCCAGUCUUUCCUUCAGAAAACCAGUUUCAAGUCAAAAUAAUAAAUCUGGGAGACACUAAAGCAAACAUUGCUACUGCUGGAAAGAACAUUGCCUUGAGUCCAUUUAAUGCGACGGAAUAUAUUACAUAUGAAAUGAAGACAUCAAACAAUAUUGACAUAUCGUAUCUAAAUGGUUCUCUAACAAAAAAAAUGAUUAAUAUGGAGAAACAACGCCACACUCUUGUAAUAAAAAAUAAACCCAAAAUUGAAGCAAAGCUGUUUAUAGAUGGCAUCACGGAAAAACCAGAACAAGGCAAUAAUAUGAUCAGAUUUAUAAACAGUUUGGAUUCAAUCAUUAAUAUCACUAUGGGUGAUGUGGCCUUUGGAGAGGUGAUGAAUUUCUCAGUCACCAACUACGCUGCUUUUCCAAUUGGAUCAAAAAAUAUUACUGCUAAAAUUGAUAAUAAAAAGUGUACAGUUCCAUCCAUGUCAUUUGGUUAUGGCAGUGCUUACACUAUUAUAGUCACAGGGUGUACUGACGAGAAACUAAACAUUAAAUACAUUGAAGAUAUUCAAGCCAACACAAUCAAUAUGGCAUGGCAAAUCCCCCAGUAUUUCAUUAUUACUUGUGCUGAAGUUGUCUUCUCAGUGACUGGACUUGAAUUUUCAUAUUCACAGGCACCUACCAACAUGAAGUCUGUGCUGCAAGCUGGCUGGCUACUGACUGUGGCCUUUGGCAAUAUCAUUGUUCUUAUUAUAGCUGGUGCUUCAAAACUCGAUGAACAGUGGGCAGAAUAUGUUCUUUUUGCAGCAUUGUUGUUUGCAGUUACUAUAAUUUUUGCUAUUAUGGCCUAUUUUUACACCUAUGUGGAUCCAGCUGAGGUUGAAGCGCAGUUUGCAGAAGAAGAGAAGAAGAAGAAAGAAAAAGAUCAACUGGAAAAAGAGAAACACAUAUAUGAAAAUGAAGUUGGAUCUGAGCUACAAACUAAGAUGUGAAAAUAUGUUUGAAAUCAGAAUAAGAAUGUAAAUUAACAGGCAAAACAUUUCACCUGAAGCUUGAGAUUCAUAAGUGACAAGCUGGAUAAACUGUCUAAUUGAACAGGAAAGAGUAAAGAGUAUCAUAAAAUGAACACCCAUGCCUGUGGCUGAAGAUUAAGAAAUCAGUUCUCCUGUGAAGAACAGAGAUUUUCAUUUUCUUAGUCAGCAGGUUGCACUUAGAUAAAAUCUGAAUCUAGUUGCACUUGGCCAUUGUGAAAAGACAUUCAGAGUAUUAUUUUUAUACAGAACUACUUUAAUUUUAUAUGGAAGAAAGUAAAUACUCGUAGCAAAUAGACAUUUAUGUCUCCUGCUAUACAUAGGCCCAAUGAUUUGCAAGUUUUUAUGCUGCCGUACCUAUAAUGUUUAUGUUAUAUAUACACUUUUUCCUGGAGACCGAUCUGAGCCAGCUAAAUGUUUACAGUCAGGUACUGCACUAGACACCUUAAUUUUCUGCCAAAGGAUUUUGCCAAGCCUAACUUUAUACAGCUGCUGUGGUUGUGAUGGGGAAAGAAGAAAAUUGCAUUGUGAGACAAUUAAGGCAAGUGAAAUAAAACUUGGUUCUUACCAUUACAGUCCAAGCUUUCUUUUUCAGAAGAAGAUAAUCUGGCUUUAUCUUUCGUUAUUAUCCAUUUGCAGGCAGUGGACUUUUGAAUAACAUAAUUAAAGCUCUACCCUGCUACACUUCAUUUGAAUUGGUUGGGAGUUGUAGUGAAGAAGCUGCAAGGGCUUCUUUUUAAAUAUAAAAUUCAUUCAUUUAAUAUUACAUUCAGACCAGUCCUCAUUUCUGUUUAAACUAAUGUUGCUCCAUCCUUGAAGAGAGAAAGAGAUUUAUCACACCAGAUCACACACAUCACACAGUAAUUUAGAGUGGCUUAGAUUGUCAAAAUAAAACAACGAGUGGGGGCUGAUCAUAGAAUUACUGCCAUAUUUCCAGGUUUUAUUUUUAUAUCUCUGAAUGGGGAGUCUCCAGAACAUUUUUCUUUGUACAGUUCAGGUGUGGAUGUUGAGUGCGGCUGCCUUAGCAAGAAUUUGUGACGAAUACAUAAGCCACCCAAAGUCAUCAGGUGUGAGUUGGACACGCAUAUAAGUUUGUUUAAUAAAUAAAUACCUAUACAGGUAAUCCUUAUGACCAAAGUUACAUAGGUUGCAGCUUCCCCUUAGUGACGUGAUCAUGAUCUGGACAUUUGGCAACCCAUUCUUAAAAUAGGUUGCCAGUGCCUCACAAUCAUAUAAUUGCCAUUUAGAAUUUUCCCCAGAAAGUGAAUGGGGGAAGCUGGCAUGAAAGGUCAAAAGCUACCGCCACCUGCUGAGAGGAUUUCCUCUCAUCUCUGGGGACUGGCUGAAAAAGGCCAUGCCAAAAUUCAAGUAGAAUUUUCAGACUCUGGGCAUCACAAAAAAUGGACUCUACAACAUCCUUCAUCUUCCCUAAUCUUGAUGCAGUUGUAAGUUUUAUAUAUUUUAUACAUUAGUAAUAGCAUGAUGUUAAGUCCAAGAUAUUAACAGAUUUUUUUUCAUUAGCUACCAAAUCUGGACUGCAAAAAUUCAGAUGACCACUAGAUGGAAGCAGAGCUAGGUUUUCUUAUCUUAUCUCCUACUAUCAUCUAGAGCAGGGGACUCCAACCUUUUGGACCUCAGGGACCACCAAAUUCAUAAUUUUAAAUCCCGUGGACCACUGGGAGAGUGAGGCUCAGCUGCCUUUUGGGCCUACCUCUCUGCUUCUGCAAGGCCUCCAGGUAGGAGACCCAAGAGAAAGCGCCUGCUCAAGGCACAUAGCCUGGAAACCUCUUAUGUUCCUUCUCUCAAGAAGCUUGGUCAAUCUGAGUGAAGGAAAACAAAGACGGGCAGAGUGACGGUGGCUUGCUAAUGUUGGUGGGAAAGUUGGUCCCAUAUUCCAGAGCUUUAGUAGUCACAGGACUGGCCCUUUGGUCAUGCACACGGGUGGAGGAGUUGAUCCAGGAUGACCAAAGGGCCAGUCCUGUGACUACUACAGCUCUGGAAUAUGGGACUGGCCACGUUGGGGCUGGAAAUCUCUGCUAUAGGGGGUGGCAUGUGCAAUGUGCAACUUUGCAGGUAGUGCAAUGUGCAAAAAGGAGCGCAGCCCUUGCCGGAACGAGUAAUGAUGCUGUAGUGGCGGGCGGGCAGGGUGGCCCAAGUGGCGAUGGCUGGAAGGUGCAGGAGCAAAGUGCUACUUGCAUUUGCAAGGCAUCAGCAUUCCACCUUUGCCACAGUAUAUUUGCACCAGCUGGUGGCCCCAAGGCAGCCCUCAUCUCCUGCUGCUUGUGGUUACCGCAUCCAGGAAGCAGUACAGCAGAAAGAAGCAGCCAGAGUCAAUCCUGGCUUUGGUUCCAUUGCGGACGCUAGAUCAGCCCCCUGCAAGGAGGGGAGCUUGAGUGAACUUUCCCGCACUGCUCGCGCUUCACUGCUUUGACUCCCAGGGACAGGAUAGGGUCCUUCAGGCAGUUAGCUUGGUUGCCUGUUAGCAGAGAGAAGUGCCCGGGAUCAACCCUAGCUUUGCUGUCCAUUGCCGCUAGAAAUCUCAAAUAUGGCUGAGAAUUAAUAUUUCUCUUGUAGCCAGCCUGGAUGCUAGAUCAGCCCCCUGCAAACUCUCAUCUCUUGAAGAGCGCUCGCUGAAGUGCAAUAUAAAAAAAUGCAAAGAUUUCUCUGUGGACCAGGCAAAUGAAAUAACGUAGGUUUUUUUCCCCCCCGGUCCGCAACUGCCCGGGUUGGGUUCCCGGGACCGUUCGGGCUGGAUCUGCAGCGGAGGCGGGAGUCGGCCAAGGUCGCCCUCUGCAGCAAAGGCGGCGAGAAGAGAGCAGGAAGCGGCCCAGCCCUCCUCCUCCACCUCCUUCCAGCUCGCGGCCGUUCAAGGGCUCUCGCUCCGCCUUCCUCCGGCCGCGGGUCAGCGAGGGGCAAGCAGGAAUCGGGAGGACGGAGCCGUUGCCCGCAUUAAGAGGGCAAAGCCUCUCCGGUCGGCUCUCGCAGAAGUCGCAGGCGGCCUUCCCUUACAAUCUCCCCCCCCCACCCCCCGCGGCCCUUCAGGUCGCAGGGAGCGCCAA